AUGUUACGCAUUGCUAAGUAUGCAACGACUGGUUACCGGGUUAUUUGUUUCUCGACCUUAUCGCGUGUUUUUGACCGUAAAGCAAAAAAAUUACAGCGUGCGAGAGCAUCACUUCGUGACGAUCCCUCACUGUAUGAUUAUAUACGUGAUGAGGCAGCUUUUCGUCUCGCUGAUCGCGUUUGUGAUAUAACAAGGACCUUCGACACUGUUGCUGAUUUAGGUUGCGGUAGAAGUCAUCUAAUUCAACACCUCACUAGUGAUUCUGUUAAAUUUGUAUAUCAAUGUGAUAACUCAAUUGAAAUUCUUGUGAGUUUAAUGCAAUUGUUGUCAGCUGUUGCUGAUCCAUAUAAUCAACAACGUCCAUCCCCUGAUGUUAUAAACUCUCUUCUGAAUAUUGAUGAAGAACGCCUGCCGUUUAAAGAUAAUUCACUGGACAUGAUUAUUACCUCUCUAUCUCUGCAUUGGGUGAAUGACUUACCUGCAACGUUAUCUCAAGUUUUACGAAGCCUCAAACCUGACGGUUGUCUCCUUGGAGUAACGUUUACCGUGGACACACUUUUUGAGCUGCGUGUGUCUCUCCAGUUAGCAGAAGCAGAACGUCUUGGUGGUUUCGCUUGUCAUGUUAGCCCCUUUGUUGAAAGUUCUCGCUUUGGUGAACUCCUUAAAGAACAGGGGUUUUCCCUUAUUUCCUUGGAUGUGGACGAGUUUGUGGUUCACUACCCGUCAAUGUUUGAAUUAAUGGAUGAUCUUCGAGGAAUGGGGGAAUCAAAUGCUGCAAUAAGUCGACCUCUUCGCCUCAACAGGGAUGUGCUUUUCGCAGCCUCUUCAAUUUAUGAUGAGCGGUUUGGCACACUUCGUGAAGGUGGUCAGGACGGUGAACGGUGUAUUCCCGCAACCUUUAGACUCCUUUUCUUCAUCGCAUGGAAACCCGAUCCAUCACAGGUUCGUGAAUCAAUUUCACAUGACAAGACGCUAUCUGAGUUCAUGUACAACUUUUCUAAACGUUUGUGA